UGGCCAGGCAAACUAAACACGAGGAUCCGCUCAUAAUAAUAAAAAAAUAUUCGUUCUUUUGUAGGCUACGCGCUCCUCACGCCGACCGAUGUCGAAGAGAAAAGAGAAAUCGACUCACUUCUUCUCACUCUCGUUGCUAGUGGGUCGCUUCCUCUACCCAAGAAUUUGUGAAUGAAGAAGAAAUGAGGCUCCAGUCGUCUCAAAAGUAAGGUCAAGCGUCAAGCCCCGUCUCUUUUGAAGAGACCGCAAGAAGAAUCUGCAUUGGUAAUAUCCUUCAUACUUAAAAAACACAGUGCACAGUGCAGUCCGAGACGAUGGAACGAAAAGUUGUGAUUUUGUCUGCAGCCCGAACGCCCAUAGGUUCGUUUUGCGGUGCACUUUCUACGCUGAAAGCACACGAUUUGGGCUCCAUUGCAAUUAAAGAGGUGCUGAAAAGAGCAAAUCUGGAUUCCAGCCUUGUCGAUGAAGUCAUCAUGGGCCAAGCUCUGAGUGCAGGCCAGGGGCAAAAUCCUGCAAGACAAGCUUCAGUGAACGCAGGAAUCCCACAUUCUGUGCCAGCCUACUCCAUCAACAUGCUCUGCGGGUCUGGACUAAAGUCUGUUGGCGUUGGAGCUGCAUCGAUUUUGAGUGGCUCGAGCGAUUUUGUGGUGGCUGGAGGCCAGGAAAGCAUGAGCCAAGCGCAGCACGCUAUGUUGCUUCGGACAGGCGUCAAGAUGGGUUCCGCAACGUUGGUAGACACGAUGCUGUCCGAUGGACUGACCGAUGCCUUCAUAAACUGCCACAUGGGCAUCACAGCUGAAAACGUGGCAAAGAAGUGGUCAAUCACUAGGGAGGAUCAAGAUCAAAUGGCACUGGCAUCGCAGAAAAAGACUGAAGCUGCCCAAAAAGCAGGUCACUUUGACCAAGAGCUGAUCACCGUUUCUGUGCCUGUCCCACGGGGAGAACCAAAGUUAGUUUCGGCUGACGAAUACCCUAAACACGGUGCUACCUUAGAGGCCAUGACCAAGCUCAGACCCGCCUUUGACAAGUCCGGAACUGUAACUGCUGGAAAUGCAUCAGGAAUCAAUGACGGAGCAGCUGCUGUGGUUCUUGCUGACGAGGGUGCCGCCAAAUCAAAAGGAUUGCAGCCUAUUGCAAAAAUUGUUUCAUUUGCUCAGGCUGGAGUCGACCCAGCUAUCAUGGGAAUUGGGCCAGUGCCUGCAGUUAAGGCAGCUGUUGCAAAAGCCAAAUGGACUUUGGAAGAAGUAGACUUAUUUGAACUUAACGAAGCUUUUGCUGCUCAGUCAAUUGCAGUAGCUAGAGAUUUGGGCAUUGAUAACAGUAAAGUUAAUAUCAACGGAGGAGCUAUUGCUCUGGGCCAUCCCAUAGGUGCCUCUGGUGCCCGUGUGCUGGUUACAUUGCUGUAUGCCUUGAAGAGGACUGGUUCUAAAAAAGGAGUAGCUGCUCUUUGCGUUGGUGGGGGUAUGGGGGUAGCAAUUUGUGUCGAGAUUUGUUAGUUUGGUAACAAAAAUUUUUAAGUGCAAGUAAUAGAAAGAGGGACAAUAAAGGGCGUAAAUUUUCAUAUUGCCUCAUUUAAUUUAUAGUUGGAUGUUAAAACUGUACUUCAGUAUUUUUUAUUCAUUUAACUUUGCACAAUAUUUUGCCAGUAUUUUAAUCCAAUUUUUUUUCUUACUGAAUCUUUUAUCAAUAUUAUAUUACAUCAUUUUAAUAUUUUUUGCUACAGAUGAUAAUAUUAUGCUCAAGCACCUGUAAUACUUUUCUAGGGUACCAUACAGUAUACCAUACAAAAUAAAUACCUUUAUAUUGUGUACUAUUUUUAAUUGUU